AUGUAUCAUUGAUCCCACAACCCAUACCCUCAUCGUCUUCCUCUCAUUAUUGCCGAUCCCUUUAUAAACCCAAUAUCUCUUCGCAUUUUCUCGCCGGAAUCAGCUUUGCUAAUAUCACUCUCCACUUUCUCUCUCUCCAAACAACCCUCCUCCUCCUCCUCUUUCUUCUUCAUCUUUGUCUUCUUCAAAAUGGUUACGAAAGACAAGGAUGGGACUCGGUUUGUGCUUACGAAGCCUAUGUCGUUAGACGAAGACCCUGAUGUUUAUCAGGCUCCUAAUCUCGUUCGUAGGAUUUUAAGUCUAUUUGUAAAUGUACGACCAGGAUCAGAUCUCACCAACUUUCAGCUGCCACCACUUUUCAACAUUCCAAAGUCCCACCUCCAAUGUUUUGGUGAAUCUGUGUAUUGUGUGGGUAAAGAUUUGCUGCACAAGUGCAAUAUUGCAGAGAGCUCUCAAGACAGAUUCAUAUGUAUGGUUGCUUGGAGCAUUUCCACAGCUCGUCCUUCUGUCUUUGGCGUUGCUCCUUACAAUCCUGUUCUUGGUGAGACUCACCAUGUCUCUAGGGGAAACCUCAAUGUUCUCCUUGAACAGGUUUCACAUCACCCACCAGUUACUGCACUCCAUGCAACUGAUAAGGAAGAAAACAUUGAGAUGAUUUGGUGCCAAAAUCCAGUUCCUAAAUUCUAUGGGACUAAAGUGGAAGCUGAAGUGCAAGGAAUAAGGCAGCUUAAACUCCUAAAUCAUGGAGAAACAUAUGUGAUGAAUUCACCAAGUCUGUUGAUUAGAUUUCUUCCACCUGGUCUAGAUUGGGUUGGCAAAGUUAAGAUUCAAUGCCAACAGACUGGUCUUGAAGCUGAGCUAUGUUAUUUAUCCAAUUCUUUCCUAGGACGCAGAGGUUCCCAUUCCAUUAAAGGCAGAAUCUACCACUCAUCAUCUUUGAACACUCUUUAUGAGAUUGAGGGACAUUGGAACAGCACUGUGACUAUGAAGGACGUGAAUAAUGGGAAAAAGACUGUUAUAUACAAUGCAAAAGAAGUAAUCUCAGGGCUGAAAACUCCAAUUGUUAAGGAUCCUCAGGGAGUUUUGCCAAGUGAAUCAGCUGCAGUUUGGAGUUCAGUUAGUGAAGGGAUUCUAAGCAAAAACUGGGAGAAAGCAAGAGAAGCAAAGAAAUCUAUUGAGGAAAAACAGAGAGAGCUUGUGAAAGAUAGAAAUUCAAAAGGACAAACUUGGAUUCCAAAAUAUUUCAACUUAUCUUACACCAAAGAAUGUGUUUGGGACUGCUCACCUACUCAAAAAUGGGUCCCACCAGCUCCCAUUGUUGUUCCUCUUUGACAAGCUUUUAAACUACACAAAUAAUUUAGCUCUUAAAUUAUAGACAUCAUCUCUAUAUAUAAAUGGAAAAAAAUUCACAUUAAAGAAAGAUUUUAUUCAAUCUUUCAACACUUAGCACACCCAAACCUUACAUUCAAAAUAUCACUUAGAGCCUAAUCUUUUCUACACCUAAAUAUGAAUUAUACACAUUCAUCUACUUCAAUUCAGAGUUCUCUAACUGCAUUUCUUGUUGUAAAACUUCCGAUUCGCUCCUUCGAUUGAAUGAUUUCUCUCUAAUAGUAUCAAGGAUUGGCUUCCAAGUCCUACCACCAUUAGAUUUUCUGAUCCAAUUUGCAGCCUGUGGGUCCAUGAAUCUGUUAGGACUAGUAGCAGGAGAAUUCAAGAUUGGCAUGGUUCUUGAAGACUUGUUAUUAGCUUGACAGCUGCUUGAUUUUGCUAUUGAAUUGAGUCUCUUUACAAUAGCAGCAAAGUCCAUAGGAGAAGCUUCAGCUGUUAAGGUUGAGUAUGGGAAUAAGUAGUAGAUUUGGCCUGGUUGAAGUUGAGUUUGUGGGUCUAGUGGCUUGGUCCCUGUUGUUAGAAGCUGAAGUGCUGUGCAUAUGAAAUGUUCAGAGGAUUUGCCUGUGAUUUGGCUAACUGUAACAGGAGAUUCAAAAUCCUCUACAUAACCAUUCAGAUGAACUACUCUAAUGCUGUUGAGCUCAGCUGAUGAUCUGCAAGAGAAACAGCAACCCAUCUCCUCUUCUCUCUCUCUCUCUCUCUCUUAUCUUCUCUUCUCUUGCUUGGGAAGAAAUUUGAGGUAAUUUUAUGUAUAUUUAAAGGGGUUUUAGUACUCUAAUUGUGGACUUGGAAAUUGAGACAUGUUGGCGUUUGAUUGAGGUUUGUGUCUAGUUAUUGGUCAACUACUUGAAUUUGUUAUCUUUUGUUGCUGUCAAUUGUGACAGACUUCACUCUUUCUACUAUAAACAAGAAAAGGAAAGCUAUUGGUCAAAGCAA